AUGUCUUUCCAAGACGCAAAGAAGGGAGGCCAGGGCGACGCCCCCAAGAUCCACAAGAUCCGCAUCACCCUCACCUCCAAGAAGGUCACCGCCCUCGAGAAGGUCUGCGGCGAGCUCAUCGAGCGUGCCAAGAGCAAGGAGUUGCGCGUCAAGGGCCCCGUGCGUCUUCCCACCAAGAACCUCAAGAUCUCCACCCGCAAGACUCCUUGUGGUGAGGGCUCCAAGACUUGGGACAUGUUCGAGAUGAGAAUCCACAAGCGUCUGAUUGAUCUCAACGCUCCCACCGAGGUCGUCAAGCAGAUCAUCAUCAACAUCGAGGCUGGUGUCGAGGUUGAGGUUACCAUUGCCGCUUAA